AUGGUAGAAGAAGCCUUCAACUUUAGAUUUCCAGUUUCUAGUUUCCAAAUCCUCGCUGAUACAUACAAAUCAUCACCACGUUCAGUAAACACCAAAGGACCUGAAUCGAGAGCCGGUACUCUACCGACUCGCGUCGGGAGUCAGAUACCUAUCAUAACAGAUUCAAUAAUCAACGCCGGGGAUUCGCUGUUAGGUCAGCGAAACGGCGAAAAUUUUUGCAAGAUAAAUUUUAAUAUGUGUUUUUUUGGGCAAACCACUCAUCGUGAGAUGCAUGAUGAUUUCAAAUACCCAUACUUUGACAGUUUCGAAGUGAAGAUGCUCCAGGACUGCAAGCGUCUAGCAAAAGCAGACUCGUCCUUUCAACACAUCGUCCCGCCCAUUCAGAGGCCAACACGAAAGCGUUGGGCUCAUGAGAUCAAACUCCUGUACAGCAGUAGUAGUGUCCUUUUUUUCCCUGGCCAGGGCGACAUCCAGUCAAGCCCUCGUGUCCGUGACUCCGCGCUUGCAGGCCCGCAGAACUUUUGUCGUGAUCGUGAUUUUCAUAAUAAUACAAAACGGUGAAGACAAGGUGCACGCAUCCUCCGAGGCUCCGAACAUGUGCCGCCCAUGGGUAUUGUCACCUACGGGCGGCGUUCCCCAAGGUCGCGCGUGGUCCGAACAAGGAUGUCGGGUCCGUAAAGAUUUUGAGAAAUGACUGCUUUCUUGAUGGCACCCUCCGAUGCUGGAUUUUGGCGUAUUGAACCAUUGGUCCAACGAUGUCCGCUUCUUCCACCUUGGGGAACUUUGAUGGCUGGUUGGGAUCCUCCAGUAAUGGCAUUUUCGAGAUGGCCUGCGUCUCGGCCAAAGGCUGAUAGAAUGUGUUAUCGGCGCUAACCUGAGCUUCGGCAUUGGCUAUCUCGUGG